AUGAUUGUGGACGGUUACGAGUGUGAUCUUGACGAAAAAACAAAGAGAGAUUCCAUGGAUAUUGACGAGAAAAGCACCGCCUUUUCUGAGGCCCAAAUAUCUGCAUCACCGCCCAACACUAGGAGGCACACCAUCAACACGUCAAUGACAACAACAAUCAUACCAGAGCCGACGCCUCCGGCACACGAUGCCCAACGCAGAUUUUCUUGGUUCCCGCGAUCAGCGACGCCGUCUCUUCGCAGCCCCACAUACCGCCGGCGAACGCCGAGUCCGUUCGACGACGAUGACUACUCUUACUCUGAAGGAAACCCGUUUGGCGAGGACUCGAGAGAAAUGAACGGACACGGAGAAGGAGAGCGAAAUCACGAGGAAAACCCUUUCGAGGAUUGCGAGUAUGAACUGCCGCCAAGAAUGAAACAGGAGGGCACAUGGACCAAGUUCAAAAAGGCAAUGAGUCCGAAGCGGGCAAUCAGUAAGUGGCGGUAUCGUAAGGUAAAACAUGGUGUCUACAGGCCCGAUGACCCGGAUCAUGGUGAUCGCGGGGGUCUGAACGGGCCGGUUUCUUGA